AUGAGUGAAAAUGGUGGCCAUUACUGCUCUAAGAAGACUGAUGAUAUCUGUAGUGAUUUUUGUGGCCAGGACUCAAGCCGAGUUUUGAGCAUGUCCAGAAUCCGGUGUAUCCUUCGUGGCAUGGAUUUAAAGACAUAUUUGCUUCUAUUUAUACUCGUGCCGACUUGUGUCUAUGGUAUCUACAUGCAUGGACAGAAGAUCUCAUACUUCUUGCGGCCAUUAUGGGAAUCUCCACCAAGACAGUUCAAUGAAAUCCCUCACUAUUAUCAUGAGAAUGUGUCGAUGGAGAACCUCUGCAAACUCCAUGGUUGGGGAAUUCGUGAGUUCCCAAGGCGUGUUUAUGAUGCAGUGUUAUUCAGUAAUGAGCUGGACAUCCUUACUUUGCGAUGGAAAGAAUUGUACCCUUACAUUACCCAGUUUGUUCUCCUUGAGUCUAAUUCAACCUUCACCGGGACAGAAAAGCUUCUCUAUUUUGCCAACCAUCGAGAUCAGUUCAAAUUUGUUGAGCCCAGGUUGACCUAUGGAACUAUAGGAGGGAGGUUUAAGAAAGGAGAGAACCCAUUUAUUGAAGAGGCAUACCAACGAGUAGCAUUGGAUCAACUUAUCAAAGUAGCAGGGAUUUCUGAUGAUGACCUGCUUAUAAUGUCAGAUGUUGAUGAGAUACCAAGCAGACACACUAUCAAUCUCUUGAGGUGGUGUGACGACAUUCCUUCAGUUCUUCAUCUCCGGCUGAAAAAUUAUCUUUACUCUUUUGAGUUUCUUGUGGACAAUAACAGCUGGAGAGCUUCAGUCCACAGAUAUCAGACAGGUACCACGCGUUAUGCGCAUUAUCGCCAGGCAAAUGAUAUUUUGGCAGAUGCAGGGUGGCAUUGCAGCUUUUGUUUCCGACGUAUAAGCGAGUUUAUAUUUAAGAUGAAAGCUUACAGUCAUUUUGAUAGAGUCAGGUUCAAACGUUACUUGAAUCCUGAAAGAAUCCAGAGAGUAAUCUGCAAGGGUGCUGAUUUAUUUGAUAUGCUUCCAGAGGAGUACACAUUCAAGGAAAUUAUUGGGAAAAUGGGACCAAUUCCUCAUUCCUACUCGGCUGUUCAUCUUCCAUCAUAUCUUCUGGAGAAUGCUGAUGAUUAUAAAUUUCUCUUGCCUGGGAACUGCUUAAGAGAAAGUGAGUGA